GCUUUGAUGCACUGCAUGCCUUUGACAUUCUGACAAUCGUCGCAACAUGAUGGUCGGCAAGCCACGCGCAGCUCCCUUUUCACCUCACCCUCCAUGAACUUCAUCACAACCAAGUACGAUUUUGUCCUGGAGCUGCUGGAAGAUCUUACCAAGCAAGAUCGGCUACUGCCAACAGACCUCAUAGUCUGCUCAACCAGGGAGGCUUUCCUACUCGAAGUCGUGUCGGAACUUGAUCGUCACAAUGCCGAACAGAGAGUAUCCACAGAGGGUGCUGAAGGCAGAGAUAUCGAUCAGACUGUCCAGGCCAGCUCGUCGCCCAGAAGUCAUAUACUUUCUUCACCGAGCCUGUACCUCUUGAAUGCAAGCCAAUACUGUCGGCUCGUAUUUUGUCCAUCGAUCACAGUUCUUCGGGGUUACCUUUCCGGCUAUGUCUCGACUUCAGCACUGCCAAUCCCAUCAACAGGCCCUAGAGGUCCAGAGGGCAGGCAACUCAUAAUCCUCAAUCUUCUAAGACUACACCAUGGAACUUCAGAGUUCACUUUGCAAGGGCUUUCGCAAACUCUUGCAGUAGCCGUCACGGCAGCACAUAGGACAAAUCGCCUUCUUCUCCUGGUCGAAUGCAAGGAUAUCAACGACCCUUCGGAUCCCAAUAGUGGUCCGGCAUUGUGGUACGCCGAAGUACCGUUGCUCAGUGGGUCAGUCAAGAUUGGGGAAGGCGGUGCAAGCUGGGGUCGUCGGACCAUUUCCAUCAUGAGAAUCGCGUCAAGGUGGUUUAGGGUCCAGGGAAACAAUCACCCGGGCAAAUCACACAGACCGGGUAACAUGCCUCACGACCCUCCGAGUCUCGAAGAUGCAAUGCUGCUCUAAAAGACCAGGGAAACCGCAGUUCGCCGUGCAUAAGCUUAGCAUUAAUCAUACGAUAGCAACUUUCCAAACC